AUGAAUGUGCCGGUGAGGGCCGGCCCGGCACCGACGGUGGCCGUCGUGCCGGUGCCGGAGAGUGAGAUGGACGCGCUGCUGCUUGGCAGGACAGCGGUGAGGAACUUUGAUCAGUACGUGCGAAAUGUAUGUAUAACUUUAUCACUACACGUAGGCCUUGGGCGAGGCGUGGGCGCGAGUGGGUCGAACCCGCUCGCGUCCACGCGACGUGACAACGAAAGUAUUGAACUCUUCCUCGAACUAAAACUGAAGUCAGACCCAAGCCGUGCUUUCGAUGUUUUUUGUGUUUUGGCUGUUCGUUUUGAUGUCUAUCGUAUU